AUGCUAGUGAAUGUAUUUCGAGAGUACAAUGUCAAUAGAAUAUUUUUGUCGUGCUUGGGUCUCUGGCCGUUUCAAUUUGUAUCGAUGGCUUUUUUCGUAAAGUUAUUAAAUCAGCUUUGGAACCGUAAUAAGUUUCGUCGUUUAUACGAAGUUAUGGAAGAUCAUUGGAACGUGUUUACAAACAAUUUAGAAGUUCGAAUUUUGAAAAGUUAUUCUCAUAUAUCGCAUAAAUUUACAGUAUCUUACUCGAUACUGAUAUACGUCAUGAUGUCAAUGUUUAUAAUGAUACCAUCACUAGGACCGAUGCUUCUCGAUAUUGUAUUACCUCUUAACAAAUCGCGUCCGCGAAAUAUCGCGUUAUAUAACGAGUUCGGAAUAGAUCGAGAUAAAUAUUUUGUACCAAUCUUUUUGUACACUUCUCUUAUAAUCACGACGGGUAUGUCCAUUAUGGUGGCCGUUGAUACUAUGCAUGUAGCGUGUACCGCACAUGCAUGCAGCUUAUUCCAACUUAUUGGGUAA